AUGAUUGCUCGUUUCGCUGUUCCACAUCAAAUAUCGAUACCAUCAGAUAAUGAUGAUAAUAAUAGUAAACGAUCUUCUUCGCCUGCAUCUCCUUCAAGUUCCAAACUAUUGCUUGAACAAAGUGAAACUCAUUAUAUUACCAUUCCUGAAGCAAUUGAACUUGUUUUUCAUUCGUUUAUUCCACAAGCUGAUAUAACAUCUCAAGUUCAUUUUGUUAGUAAUAUUCAAUCAGAUUCUCAAGCUGAUUUAGCUGGUCUUAAAGAUGGAGAUCGUAUAUUACAAGUUAAUGGAAUCAAUGUGACGAGUCUUGAACAUGAAGAAGUACGUAAAUUGAUGCAAUUAAUGACACCUAUUGUACUCACAGUACGAUCUGAUCCAAAAUAUUUGCUAUUAUUACAACAAUCAGUUACUAAUAUUGAAGAAAAACUACCAGAACCACUUAUCACACUCGAUGAAGAAAAUGGUUAUGAUCCUAAAAAUCGUAAACCAAGUAGAUUUGAAUUAAAACGACAUUUAUCAAUUGAUUCAACCAUAAGUAAUUCCAGAAAAUUACGUCGUUGUGAAAUAUUUCACUUAAUUCAACCAAACGAAAGGAGUCAUAAAGAACCAUUAAAAGCUAAAUUAUGUCGAUUACGUGAAAGUAAAUCUUCUGAAGGUUAUGGAUUAGUACUUAUAUAUCGACAAAAUCUUCAUAUUAUCAACGAAGUUGAAAAAGCAUCACCUGCUUAUCAUUCAGGUUUACGAGAAAAUGAUGUUAUUAUAUUUGUUGGUAAAACAAAUGUAGAAAGAAUGGUACAUGAUGAUAUUAAAACUAUCAUUCGAGCAAUGGCAUUAACAUCAGAUUACAUUGAAUUAAUUGUAUUGAGUAAAAAUGAUAUUCCAAGAUAUAGAAUAUUACGAGAAAAACAUUUAAUUGAUUGGUCAGUUAUAAGACUGGAAUAA